AUGCUCCCCGAGACACAGGUGUCUCGACACACUUCCCGGGUGUCUGACGAAGCCCACGAUUCUCACGACCCUUCCACGUUUACGACUUUUACCCGGCAACCCCAGCCAACUGUGCAACGCCCGUCCACUGCUUCAGCGGCGCCUUCCUCACGACCAAGUCCUGUGGGCUCCCAGCGCACCUUACGACGAGUCUCCCGCCAACCGGAAGCUCGCCAAUCGCUCCAUCGUCGAGCCGUAUCCCUCGGAGCUCCGAAUACACACCCGCAUCUACCCCAGCCGGUACAAACUACCCCGGCCUCUGUACGACACCCUCCAGCCAGUGGCAUUGCUGCGCUUCGCCCGGCCCUUUCCGAGGCGCACACGGACGACAACGGCUCGACCAUCGACGAUCCAUACCAGCUCCUCGACAGCUCGUAUUGGCCAAUUCGAACCAGUCGAGUCUCCUCGCGCACCGCGUCAGCCAUCCUUUACGCCCUCGAAGACGCCAUUCGAGGUCCUCUUCAGCUCUCGACGGACUGGGACGAAGUGAAUGCGUCUAUGUCAGACAUGGUAGGUGUUGCUGGCCCUGCUGGGCCUGUGGGCAACGGCCGCGUUCAAAAUGGCGGCCCCCGUGUACCCCCAAAUCCGAUUUCGGGCUCCUCUCAACCCCCGAGUGGAGUGAGAACUCCCACCGACAUAAUGAGGCAGCGCCGAGACCGUGAGGCCCGUCGGAAAGCCGAGCACGACGCCCGAGAACGCGAGCAGGAGGAAUUAGACAGACAGCAGCUGGAACAGGAGCAGCUAGCUCACAUCGAGGCCCAAGCUCAAGCCCAGGCUCAGCAGCAGGCUGGUGUUGCCGGAGACAAUACCUCCCAAUCGAGAAUCCGAGUUCCCAGAGUGCCUCGGGGAUCUGAAGCGCAGCAAGCGGAAACUACACCCGCGCCUGCAGGGUCGGCGUCUGGCUACCGACCGGGGGAAUCGGCGCCGGGCAGAGCACCCGAGUUCCAAACUGCGCCCCCGACCGCGGCAGUUCCAGGAGGCGGUCAACCGCGACCAACGCCGUCCGGUUCCAAGCCGCAGCACAGUCGCUCACAGAGCGCGGCCGCCCUGGGUGCCAACGCGGGCUCUGGAGGGAUCUCGAAACCGGCACAAGCUCCGGCCAGCUCCCAGCAAACGCUGCAACAACCGAAACGCGUUGGUUUCCCGCAUGCAUUUGAACGAUGGGAGACACUCUCGUCCCACUGGGAAGGCCUGACCAGCUAUUGGAUGCGCAAACUCGAGCAGAACAACGAUGACCUCGAGCGUGAUCCGAUCAGUCAACAAUUGGCUCGCCAAAUCACGGAUUUGUCUGCAGCCGGUGCCAACCUGUUUCACGCCGUGGUUGAGCUGCAGCGUCUACGUGCCUCCUCCGAACGCAAGUUCCAGCGUUGGUUCUUCGAUACCCGAGCCGAGCAAGAACGAGCUAAGGAGACCCAAGCCGAUUUGGACCGCCAGCUCAAGGCAGAGAUGCGAGCUCGAGCCGAGGCUCUUGCCACUGCUCAGGAAUCCGAGAAGGAAAAGGUGAAGGCCGAGGAGCUCCUCAAGGAGAUGCGCCGCGAAUUGCAAAUUUCCAAAGAGGAAGCACGCCGCGCAUGGGAGGAGCUUGGUCGCCGCGAACAAGAGGAGCGAGACCGAACCAACUCCCUCCGCAAUGGAGAGCCCACUCUCGUCGGUGGGGUUCAAGUUGUUCCAAUGGUGUCUGGUCUUCCAAGCCGCCAUAACACCACCCGCUCCCAGGCCCGCGAAGGCCCAUAUCCCAGCGGGUCCGCUGCCACUGCUCUGGGCACAGACGCUUACGGCAAGCCUGUGAACCCCAGCUCCAGUGGACAAUACUACCAAGAUGGCACACCGAUGUCCCCCACUGGCUCUGAUCCAUUUAUCGAACCCAAAAAGACCGACCCACCUGCCUCCAAAGUCCCUUACCCAGCUCCACUCUAUGAGCAUCAACCUACCGGGCCCGCCACCUCCGAGCCCGACGACCGCUCCUACGUCGGAAGCAGUGAGGCCGAUGAUGACUACACCCAUUACGCUCACGACCCGCAAGGGCUGAGCUACCCUCCGGGGCCCCCUUCCGAGGAGAGUGAAGAAUACGACCACCCGGCCGCGCCGUACCCGGAAGGAGCUUACACCUCUGCUGAAACAUCCGCCACCCUGCAAGCCCCUUACCCCCCGACCUCGGCCGCGGACUACAGUGGCGCGGGCUGGGGCCCCGGCACUGGUUGGGAGUCUAUGACUCCUCGUCAUCGUCACCCCACGCGUCUGAGUGACGUUCUGGAAGAAGACGAGCCCAGUCGCACUACUCCCAGUCGUGCUAGCCUCGCUAGUCGCAGCCAGGCCAGCCGGAGUAUUCUGUAA